AUGUUACCAUCAGGAUCUGAUUCUUAAUAGAGAAGUCUUGAAAACCCUGAUAAAUAGACUAUGAGAGUGGAUUCUACAAAAAGAAAUGAUAAAUUGAUUGAGGUUCCUAGAAAGAAGUUGAAUAUGAGGUAUAUUAAAUUCAGUGAACAGUUAGAUUGUAUACAGAAUCUGAACAAAAGUUUCAAGAUUAUAUUAAUUCAAAGAUUGUUACUAUUAGUAUUAUAGCAUUAGUUGGAGCUUAUGCAAUAUUAAUAUUUAUUAUUGUGGCUCUUGAAGAAUUGUUAGAUGAAACUGAAUUCAUUAAUGUUUCAUCAAUUUUGAGUUGGAUUGAACUUGGAAUAUUGAUAAUAUUCAUCUUAGAAAUAUUUGUUGGAUUAUAUGCAUGGGGGAUAAAGGUAAAUUUGAUAAAUAAUGUAGAAAUAUUAUAAAGAUAAAUGGUUGAUUUUAGACACUCUAAUUAUUUUACUGUCACUCUUUUUUGUGAUAUUUGAAUUGGCUGAUCAAAAGACAUCUAAUGUUAUCAAAGUAAUCUAAGCAGUUUUUAGAUUCUUAAGAAUAUUUCUUUUAAUAAGGAAGGCAUAGACAUUUAGAAGAUUGGCAACGAUUUCAACUAUUUCAACACCAGCUGAGAAAAUAGUGAGAUUUUUGGCUGAAUUGAAGGAAGUUUUAGAAGAUGAAAAUAUGAAAUUAGAUAUUAAUUAUUGUAUUGACAAGAUAGGAAAUAAUCAAUUAUAUUAAAUGGGUAAAUUGGAUGAAGAUAAUGCUGAAGUAAUUAAAUAUAUUAAUAAUUAAAUAGGCAAUGGCAUGGUUGAAUCAAAGUUAAUAAGGUAAAACUGAAGUCAAAAAAGUUUUAACUAAUGAAUAAUAAUAAUAAUAAUAAUAAUAAUAACAAAAGAAAGUAAUUGCUAAUUUUUAAAAACUAAAUAUACCAAAAAGAGUAAGUUUAAAAUAAUAUUAUAUAGUUACUGGAUAUAUUAAUUAAAUAACAUGAUGAUCUAUAUAUUGAUCCUUUUGAAUGUGACAAAUUAUGUGGAGGAGAAGGUCUUGUAAAUUUAAUGUUAUUUUUCUUUGAAAAUUAUAAUCUUUUUGAUGUGUUUUUAAUUAAACCUAAAGUAGUAAGAGGAUAUUUUGAAGAAGUUAUGAAAGGAUAUCUUGAUAAUCCAUAUCACAAUAAAGUACAUGCUUAAGAUGUUGCAUAAACUUGUAAUUUCUUAUUAAGCAAAUGCAAAUUUAUUGAAAUAGGUUAAUUAGAUGAAUAAGAUAUUGCAUGUGUAUUAAUUGCUGGAGCUAUUCAUGAUUAUGGACAUCCAGGUCUUACUAAUGCAUUUCUUAUUAAUAGUAGAAAUGAAUUAGCUUUAACAUAUAAUGAUUAAAGUGUAUUAGAAAUGUUUCAUCCAUCUUAAUGUUUUAAAAUUGCUUGGGGAAAUCAAAAAGUCAAUAUAUUUGAAAAUCUCUAAUUUCAAAAAUACAGACGCAUCAGAGAAUCAAUUAUCUUAAUGGUACUUUCUACAGAUAUGGCUCAUCAUGCUUCUGAACUUGCUAUCACUAAUAGUAGAAUUGCUGCUCGUAUUUAUUAUUUAUAUUUUCAAAAAUAGCUGAUUUUGAACCUAAUGGCAAAGAUAAACAAAGAUUAAUGGACUUGAUUGUACAUUCAUCAGAUGUAUCUAAUCCUACAAAAAGUUUUGAAAUCUACAAAUAAUGGACAGAAAAGGUCUUAACUGAAUUUUGGUUAUAGGGAGAUAAAGAGAGAGACCUUGGAUUACCAAUCUCAUAUCUAUGUAAUCGAUAUACAACUAAUAUGGCAGAAGCUUAAGUGGGGUAAUCUUUGUUUUAAUUAUAUAAUCAGAUUUAUUGAUUAUGUUGUGAAACCUACAUUUGCAUGUGUCUUAGGAUUCCUUCCAGCUUAUGAACCUUUCUUUUAAAAUAUGGACAAAAAUAAAGCUAAAUGGCAAGAACUUAUAGAAUAUUAUAAACAAUAAUUAGCCUCCAUUCAACCUAAAUGA